AAUCAGAUGGCCUAGCCUGGCAGUCUGUUACUGCAGUGUACUCGUCUAGUAUUCAAGGCCACUGAUGGGUGGAUAAGAGUGAGCCGGCGAGACUUCUGAUAGUGGUCGAUAGGCCGCAGCAACCGAACCAUGGGCAGUACUUGAGAAGCAAGGGGCUCUGGGUGGAUAGUGAUCUUGAACUGAGAACUCUGCCUGGAGAAGCCCUGCCAUGUCUUUCUUUGGUGUCAAACCAAACCACGACAAUCCCGUGCCCCAAUUGCCGUGCUCCAUGCUCCAUGCUCCAUGCUCAGUAUUCGAUACUAUGCCUACUCUUGCUGCUACCUACCGUCCAACUGGUGGUAUGCUUGCUGGAGGGGAGAACGCAGUCAUACGAGCAGAGUAUUGCCCAGAAUUGGAAGAGGCGCCUCCAUAGCACUGUAUAAAAGUACUAAGGUAUGCCUGGGGUCAGGCAAGGUACUAGGUAGGGAUGCUUAUGUUUUUUUUUUGCUUUUUGCAUUGGCUUUUGCACACCGCCACCGGAUUCAAUGCGGCAGCUUGAGCGCUCCAGCACAUUCGUACAUGUAGCCCUGGAGCUCAUUUACUGGUAACACUAGCCCGGGAAGGCAAACAAUCAGGCCAGCCAGCUGAACAGCCAGCAAGAGGAGGCGGAGAGGCGGCGUGCCAAGCAAAGGAU